UGCCUGCAUGAUGGGGUGGCCAGGGCUGAGGGUGACGUCUUCACCCCAUCUGAUGGGAACUGCACCGUCUGCGUCUGCUUGGGUGGUAACGUCUCCUGCAUCUCCCCCGAGUGCCCCCCGGGCUCCUGCCCUGGCAUCUCCCCACCUGACUGCUGCUUCUGCCAGCCAGCAAAGUGCAGUUUUCGGGGCCACACGUACGCACACGGUGCCCGGUUCAGCCUAGAUGGGGAUGACUGCACCACCUGCGUCUGCCGGGCUGGCGAGGGGGGGUGCUCCUUUGCCCCCUGCCCUGUGCUUGACUGCCCACAGCACCAGCGGCACCUGGGCCCCGGGCAGUGCUGCUUCACCUGCCGGGACCCCCCGGCCCCCGCUGGUUGCUUCGUGGAUGAUAACGGGGUGGAGUUUCCCGUCGGACAGAUCUGGUCUCCGGGCGAUCCCUGUGAGUUAUGCAUCUGCCAGGCAGAUGGCUCGGUGAGCUGCAAGCGGACGGACUGCGUGGAGACCUGUCCCUACCCCAUCCGCGUCCCUGGGCAGUGCUGCCCCGACUGCUCUGCAGGCUGCACCUACAUGGGAAGGAUCUUCUACAACAACGAGACCUUCCCCUCCGUCCUGGACCCCUGUCUCAGCUGCAUCUGCCUGCUGGGCUCGGUGGCCUGCUCGCCUGUGGACUGUGCCAUCUUCUGCACCUACCCCUUCCACCCCGAGGGCGAGUGCUGCCCCGUCUGUAACGACUGCAACUACCAGGGUAGGAAGGUGGGGAAUGGCCAAACCUUCACCCCUGAGGGACAACCCUGCACCCGCUGUACCUGCCAGCUCGGGGAGGUGAGCUGUGAGAAGAGGCUGUGUCCACGCUCCUGCGCAGAGCCCCUCGCGCUGCCCGCUGCCUGCUGCCCGCCCUGCCAAG